AUGAAGCCCUCGCACCUCCUCACGGUCUCCGGCGUCAUCGCCUCUCUACCCCUCCUAGCAUCCGCGAAAUCCCCCAAUCCCGCACGCUGGCACACGAACGCAACAUACGUCAACGACGCCUCGGUCAUCGCCGCGGACGUCUAUGUGCGCUGGGACGACAGCACGAACGCGUACUGGGCGUACAGCACCGAGGGCGCCGACGCGGGGUAUUAUUUUGGGAUUUAUACGAGCCCGGAUAUGAGCACUUGGCGCAAGGUUCCGGGCGGGGCGAUUAGGAAUGAUUCGGACAAUGUGUGGGCGGAGGAUUGGUGGUGGGCGCCGGAGUGUUAUUAUAAUGAGAAGACGGGGUGGUAUUUCCUCUUCCAUGCGGGCCGAUACCUUAACGCGUCGAAGAUUGCGGAGUACUUCAAGUACCCCGACUUCGAAGAGGCCUCAAAGAUCGGCGUAGCCGUCUCCCGCUCCCCCGCCGGCCCCUUCGUCUCAAUCGCAGACCACCCAAUCGACUACUACCCCUUCGACCCCGAAUACCACGACAUCAACCUCCUCAUGUCCCCGCCCUACCUCGUCCCGCCCUCCACCCACUCAGAAGGCCUAACAGCACCAAACGGCACCUACAUCCCCUCCAUCGACCCGAACGUCUUCUGGGACCACGACGGCUCGAUCUGGCUCUUCUUCUCGCGCAACGCGUACAGGAACUGGAUCUGGAGCGACGAGUUCGAGCGGUACAUCGAGGAGAGCAAUAUCUAUGGUGUGAGGCUCGAUGAGGCGUGGUGGAACGAUCCGAAGGCGAAGACGAUGCCCGCUGUGCAUAAGAGCUUCCGCGAUGUGAAUAAGGGGAAGCCGGAGGGUUGGGUUACGAGCGUUAAUGAGUCGUUCCCUGGUCCGACGCGCAAGGACGGGUUUGUGCCUAUCAUUUCCUACGCGCUGCAGCCUCAGGUCUGGGAGAACGCGCAUGUGUACGACUAUCAGGCCAGCAACGGCACUUCGAAGAACCGCCGCUGGUCCGAGGGCUCGACGACCAUCCGCACGGUCGACUCGUACGGCGAACCUGUCUACUUCCUGACCUACAGCGCGAACAAUUACGCCUCUCCCGACUACGGCGUUGGAUACGCAUACGCCAAGUCCGUAGACGGGCCGUACUACAAGAGCGGCUCGAACCCGAUCCUUUCCCAGGACGCAAGCCGUGGAAUCUACUCAACCGGCCACGGCUCCAUCAUCGCCUCCGCCGGCUCGAACGGCAAAGAGAUCUACUACCCGCACCACGCGCGCCCCUCGACCGACGCCGACCGCUACCUGUACAACGCGCGUCUGUUCGUCGAGCCCGAUAGCCUAUACAUGGGUUUCGGCGCCGACACGGGCGAUCUGCGUGUGCCCGCGGGCGUAGCGCCGUACUCGAUCUCCGCGAGGAAGAACGGGUCCGAUGCGUGGGAGGUGACGGUGACGAGCGCGCAGGGCGCCGCGUUCGAUCUUGCGAGCCCGCAGAAUCGGCUGCGGGCUGAGAUUGUGGGGCAGAAUGGAAACGCGACGGUCAGCGUUAACGGGUCGACGGUCAGUGUGCCGGAGGGCACGACGGGCGAGGUGCGCGUGUUCUAUGAGAGGGCGAGGGCGAAUGCGACGCUGCCGUGGGCGGAGGUCGUGCAGUUUGAGGGCCAUGUUGGCGCUGGGAAGACGGUUGAGACUACGAUCAGGCUGUAG